UAAAAUAAAAAAAUCUAAAAAAAUAUAUUUUUAUUUUUUAAAAACCCCAAAACCCACCUUCCCACUCACUCUCAUCUUUUUCCUUCUCUCCUCUCACCACGUUCUUCCUCUGCUUCUUCCUUCCUUCCUCCUCUCUCUCUCUCUCUCUCUCACCAGAGCGCCAACAGUGUUGCAUCAGUAGGAGUUGGGUUCUGCAUCCAGCCACCGGCAACGACAGAGUCACGGGGUAUCCGCCAGCGGUAAAUGCAUCUACACCUUCAUAUUAGUAACCACCUUAUAUUAUAUAUAAGCAUCUCUCUCUCUCUCUCUCUCUCUAUGCCUCUUGGUUGAAAGGUCUCCGCCGUUCGGUCUUAGUUGGACUCGAGGCUGGAUUCCAUACUGUUCCAUUCCCUUUUACUUGUCUGUGUCUUUUCGUCUGCCCACGGUGCGCAGAUGAGAGGAGAGAGAGGCGCGGGACUCAGAAAACUGAACUCGCUCAUUUACUUUGAAAUCCUAUAGAACUCGGUACCUCCAGGGCCUAAAGGCAACCAACCCUUCCUCUGCAAGCAAAGCAGGCUUGCAAGAAACUGCGAAAUCAAAACAAAGGCUCGAAAUCAUCGGAAAGGGAGGCUUGUUUCUUGCCCUUGGAAAUCAAACUAUUGGGCAUGUGAUUGAAUCCUACGCCUCUUGAUGUCUCUUUUCAAACGAAUAGAUCAGGUGCACUCACGUUAUUUAACAAUAUAUACUUUCGAAUUGCAUUAUUUCAAAAUGGUUUUUGUUCAAGAAACAGGACGUUGUGUUCUUUACGGCCGUGCAACAGGAAGAAGAAAGGCUGCCUGGGGUCGCGCUUUCAUGGUACCUCUCAAACGCGCGUUCCUUCGCCCCAUGUCCCAAGGAGCUCGUAAGAAUGGCUAUUCCUCCACUAAUAGAACAAUCAAGAGCACCGAAAAUUAAUAGCUUGUGCUGCAUAAAUAUUUAAAUAGCAAAAAAGAACCAUGAUUUUAGUUAGUUGAAGGUGCUCUCAAAUGUUUGUUACUUCCUCCACAAGCCAAAAUCGUGUAGAGUUGACGAACAAUUGAGUGUCUGCAGUUUGCCUUCCCAAUAAAUAAAAAUAGAAAAAGCUCCGUAAAUUCUGAAAUGUCAAACCGUUCACAUCUUUUGUUCAAGAAAACUUAUUCAUGGAUGAUGCGCACAAGCAAUCAUUGCCUUUGCAAAGCAUUUAGUGUCGACGUUUACGUUUCAUUGGCUACUGUGACAUUGGACCGAUAAUGCAUCAUCUUGUCACAAGAAACCCCCUUCGAUGAUUUUAUAGAUAACUUGGUUUAGUUAAUUAUAAGCCUGUGAAUGAAAGUACCUAGAGGCCGUGUGUGAGGAAGCUAUUUGCCCUGUUUACAUUUUACAAAUAUGAGGCAUGAAGAAUGAGUUACCAGGGUAGAUCUUUAUCGUGUUAGAGCCAAUUGAUGAAACGGUCAGGCAAGGAGACGGUGAAGCAAGCCACCAUGGAAGAAGGCCGGAGAAUGAUCAUGACUAGAGAAAUGACAAAAGAAUGCAAGUCAAGCGCCGGUGGAACAGACCAGAGAUCAAGGUUGACUAGAGCACAGGCGACAGAAUUCAAUAGUGCAGGGCAAGGACUCGUUGAGGAAGUAUCAUCACGCAGAAUUCGAAAAAACGCAGAAGUCAAAGAAGGUGGAGGCCGUGAAUCUAGCAGAAAACAACCAACACGUAAGAAUGAGAACACAGCUAAGGAAGUUGCCAGAGUUGGCAUCCUUGUUAGCAACCACACUGCAAGUAAGAUAUCACCAACAGUGAGGCCGCCUAAGUUUUUGUGCAACAUUUGCAUGGAAAGGAAGCCAUUAAAUAGGUCGUUCCGACCUGAUUGUUGCACACACUUGUUCUGCUCUGACUGUGUUGUAGUGCACAUAGCCACCAAGAUACGUGAGAAUGUAUGCACAAUCAGAUGCAUGGAGUCGGGAUGCACGUCGGUUAUUGAGCUCAAAUCUUGUCUCGGUAUCUUGACUGCCGAGGUCAGUGAUCGUUGGGCCGCUUUGCUUAGUGAAUCACUGAUUCAGCCUGCUGAUAAGUACUACUGUCCAUUCAAGGAUUGCUCAGCACUGCUGUGGAACGACACUGCAGAAAAGCAGGCCAUAAAGGAAGCAGAGUGUCCACACUGUCAUAGGCUAUUCUGUGCGCAGUGCAAGGUUGGGUGGCAUGCAGGGAUUGACUGCCGAGAGUAUCGGAGGAUGGUGUCAUGGGAGAGGAGUGAUGAUGCCGUGAUGAAGAAUUUGGCUAAUACAAAGAAGUGGCGGAGAUGUUCUAAAUGCCAGGUUUACGUGGAGAAGAUUUCUGGUUGUCUGCAGAUCACUUGCAGGUGCGGCUUCAUCUUUUGCUACAACUGCGGGUCAGCAUGGUCUCCGCAGCAUUACCAAUGUCGCGGUUUAUUGUAGACACUAGAUAGUAUCCCAAAACUCACCUCGUUCUUACUGAUACAAAGUCUAUACCCUGCCUUUGAUGUUUGAACUUUGAAAGCAAAACUAAGCUAGCUGCGCUCAAAAUAUGAAAGCGAACUAAAAAUAUCUUGAUCGAUUUUGAGAUUGAGAUUGAGUUUUAAUGUUAAAGAUUGAGCUGAGUUGAACUAAAAACACCCAGCGACUGCUUUUAUUUUGCCUGCUUCGGUUAUAAAUACGUACCAGUUUCCUUUUGAUUGCCUUGGUUUACUGAUCUCCCUCUUCCCGCCCUCUUUCUGGGUUGCGAUUGAACAGCGUAUGCUGAUCCACCUUCAAGGCUGGCAAGGCAAAUUACUCUCCUUUAUAGUAGGAUUACUCUGGUCAAGC